UAUGGAGGGGAGGAAAAGAAAGGAAUACAAGAAGUAAUUGCAUGAUUCUCUCUCUAUGAUCUUUUCUCUCUCUGUCUCUAACUAACUCAAUCUUCUUCUCUCCCUAUUUCUUGCGUUCUUCUGCAAAACCAGCCCAAAACCAUUACAUUUGGUAUCAGAGCUAUUCUGAUCCAGGAAGAUGGCGGAUGGUACCAGACUGAAGGAAUGCCUUGACGGGCAAAAGAGGAUUGAGCAAUCUCUCAUAGCUGAAAUCCUGAAACGAGAUGUCGCUAAACAGAAGCAAGGGGAGAUUCAGUUCAGGAACCAGGAUAUUCAGAUGGAAAUCCUUAGACAGCUGGAAAAUAUUCAGAAAAGGAUUGAAACCAUUGAGGUCAGGACAGAACCUAUGAUAUCUUCCAGCUCACCCCAAGUUAAUGGCCGAUCUGGUAGCAGUUUUCCGGAUGAUAAUCCUUUUGCUACAGAGCCAUCAAUACUGGGAAAACCACCCUUUGCUAUGGAUCUACAUAACCUGCACGGUGAUAGAUCACAUCAGAAAUCUGGCAGCAAUGGAAACUCAGGUUGACGUGGACUCAGCUAAGAUAAGGAUACUGGGAUGGACGGUGGCGUAGGAUUCAUGUGCAUACCAUGUGUGUAUUGUUGAAAAUAAAUAAAAAUAAAGCAAAUUUGACUUUAAUCUUAAUUGAUCAUUUUCGUUUUGUAAACGCUUCCGCAUAUCAUAAAAUAUUUUGUGAUGUAUAAUAUUAAGUGAUUUAUGACGACUUGAUAUAUUUUUUAGUAUUGAAUAAUAAAUUGACGUUUUAAUAAA